UCCCGCGAGACACACAGAGAAAAUAAGAAGGAUGCCUCAGCCGUCGAGCACGACCCCCGCCGCCUCCCGGUGCCUGGUCUGGGCUGUGACCCUGGCGGGGCUGGUGGCCCUGUCUUGGGCGUCCGCGGCGCCCCUUGCCCGGCCGGGUGUCUCCCGCGUGGCGCGCCUCUCCACCGACUUCGGCGUGCGCGUCUUCCGCGAGGUAGCCGCGGCCUCCGGCGAGCGCAACGUGGCCUUCUCUCCUUACGGCGUCGCCUCCGUCCUGGCCAUGCUGCAGAUGGCCGCCGCCGGCGAGACGCGGAGACAGAUCCAGGACAGCAUGGCUUUCAGCCUCGACGAGUGGGGCAUUCCCAGAGCCCUGCGUUGGUUGCAGAAGGCGCUCACCGACCCCAGAAGCAAAGAUGUCGUGGACACGGCCGACGCCCUCUUUGUGCAGAGGGACCUGGAGCUCAGCCCCGGGUUCAUGCCCCACUUCCACCGCGUCUUCCGCCAGACGGUCAAGCAGGUGAACUUCACGGAGACCGAGGAAGCGCGCAGGAUCAUCAACAGCUGGGUGCAGGACCACACAAAAGGGAUGAUCCAGGACUUCCUGCCCGAGGGGACCUUGGACCACAUGACCCGCCUGGUCCUGGUGAACGCCAUCCACUUCAAGGGCCUCUGGAACCUGCCCUUCCCAGAGGCAGCCACCAGGGAGCGCCUCUUCCACAAGCUGGAUGGGAGCACCCUCUCCGUCCCCAUGAUGGAGCAGACGGCAAAGUUCAACUACGGCGAAUUCUCCAGCCCUACAGGAGUGGAGUACGAUGUCAUCGAGCUGCCCUACCAGGGGGAGACCCUCAGCAUGCUCAUUGCCGCCCCCUUCGACCUGGACACCCCGCUCUCUGCCCUGACCAACAUCAUUGACUCCCAGCUGGUGGCCGGAUGGAAGAGGAACAUGACGGAAGUGACAAGGCUCCUGGUCCUACCCAAAUUCUCCCUGGAGAGCGAAGCUGACCUCCGAGGGCCCCUGGAGACCCUGGGGAUGAAGGACAUGUUUGACGCAAGGAAAGCCAACUUCAGCAGCCUGUCAGACCAAGAAUCCCUCUUUGUGGCUCAAGCCCUGCAGAAGGUGAAGAUCGACGUGAAUGAGAGCGGGACGGAGGCCUCCUCUGCCACAGCUGUCAUCAUCUACGCCCGCAUGGCCCCCCUGGAGAUUGUGAUGGACAGGCCCUUCCUCUUCCUCGUGGUACACAACCCAACUGGCACCGCCCUGUUCAUGGGGCAAGUGAUGGAGCCCUGAGUGACCCCCCCCCCUUGUUCAGCCAGAAUCUCUCAGGAGCCGGAAGAAGUUAUUCCUCCCUUUCUGUUCCCCUCCCUCUACAUUCCCCCCCCCAAAGAGAGACCUGCCGCCAGCCGUGACCUCCCUCCGCCCUGCUGCUGAGUGGCAGCACCAGGCGCAGAGCCCUCUCACCCCCCAGGGAAGAAGCCUCAGUUGGUCUUUCUGCUGGGAAGAGGCUCCCCCCCUCCGCAGACCCCUCCGCCCCCUGGGAGACCCGCUCUUCGGAAAGAUGAGGCUCCAACCAUGAUGUC